CACGGUAUCAGUUAAGCUUGAGUGUUCCUUCCGAAUAGAACCCUUUCAAUCCAGAAUGUUUAAUAUAAUCGCUUUUGCUGCUUGUCUUGCUGUGGUAGUUUCGGCUUACGAGGAUUAUCAUAGUUAUCCCAAGUAUAAGUUCGAGUAUGGGGUCAAGGAUUACCAUACGCACGAUCAUAAGAGCCAGUGGGAACAUCGUGAUGGGGACCAUGUGAAGGGACAAUACACACUGGAUGAGGCCGAUGGAACGCAUCGUAUCGUCGAUUAUACCUCAGAUCAUAAGAGUGGAUUCCAACCUCACGUCGAACGCAAGGGACAUGCUCAUCAUCCCCAUCACGGAGAAAGCUACGCUAACAUCCAUCAACACUACUAGAUUUGAUUCGGCUAUAUAAAAAUAGUGAGCGUCAGAACAACAGUGAACAUUAAAAAAGCAUCAAGAA